AUGAAGUUUCUAGUCUCUUCUGACGAUACUGGAGUCGUGAAAGAAGUUAUUUGUAACCGAGGAACAGACACGUCAAAGCAAGAUGCUACCCAGCCUAUUUCUGUGAAGAACUUCUGUACGGAGCCUAACUGUAGUAGAAAGAAUAGGAUAAUCCACAUGAUAAACUACCAGGAAAAGUACCUUGUGGCCAUCAGAAUUGGCGGAGAACUCUCUGUUUAUGAGAUCGCAGAUGAUGAAUACGAAAUUGAGGACGAAUACAAAUACAACCUUUUGCAUAACUAUAAAUUGGAAGUGUCUUCCAGUGACAAGCCUAUAUCGUUAUUCACUGUGGACAUCCUCGAGGCUGUAGCUGUGGCAUUUUCAUCUGGUAAAGUGUUUUUUGUCAACUUCAACGACGAUAAGUUUGAUAAAGAGCCAGUUUUGGUGCAAUUGCCUGGUGGUAAAGAGAUUGCCGAGUUCAGCAAGAACCCCAGUGUGGAAGGCAUUUUUGGAUAUGGUGGAGAAGAGAACGACGUCAGAAUUGUCAAAUUAUAUGAGAGUGAUAUCACUUCAGAAAUUUUUGACACUGAGAAUGUCGAAAAUAAUUUCAAGUCUGAGGUGGUGUUCACAGCCAAGAACGUCAAGAACGACCAUCUUGAUUUGAGGGUGCCUGUUUGGAUUACUAAGAUCCGAUUUUUCACAGAACAGCCAGAAAAGGGCUACAAGUUCAUCACAGCAACUCACUAUGGCCAAAUUCGAGUAUAUGACACAAACCAUGGCCGAAGACCAGUGAGAGACUUCACUGUUUGUCAAAAGCCGAUUCUCACCUUGACUUUUGCCAAUGAGGAAGAGAGUGAAGUCAUAAUAUCCGAUCUGCAUAACUUGAUAGCCAAACAUUCGUUGAUCCAAGUGGACGACAAGGCAUCCAAGACUCAUUCCGCAUCAGCUGGCGACAUUAUCAAGCCAGUGGCCAAGUUGCUCGGCAGGUUUGUAGACCAGUUUGGAGCUACCUAUGGCGUAGAAGUCGGUGAAGGGCUACUUGUCACAGGGGGAUUAGAUAGAUAUCUCAGGGUGUUUGAUCUAGCUUCGAGAGAAAUUGUUGCCAAGGUGUAUGUUGGAGUAGAGGUAUCGUCUGUGGUGGUUCUUGAUUACGAAGAAGAGGAACUGCAGGAGGAAAUUGUUGGUGACGUCGAGUUGCUCAAAAAACUGGAAAAGAGAAAGAGAACUCUUCCAGUGGUGGAAAGGGAAGAAAGUGAUGAAGAAGACUUGUGGAAUCAACUUGAAGAGAAGGACAUCAAACGCAAGAAGUCGUAG